GUCCAAACCAAACUUCCUUGCCGCACCACAAAUACCUGGCAUCUAUUUCCUCUCUGAAGAUCCAACACGCAUAUUCUGAGCUAGAAUUUUUGUCGCAAUCGUCAUUAUGCCUACCGAACCGCUUCAAGAGCGCAACGCAAACGUGCCUUCGCCAACGAAGACGCAUGUGGAAGAGAAGGGCCAACCUGUUGUGCAACAGAAUGCGGCGAAAGCACAGUUCGCCAAUAAUAACCGGUUUUCCAAGUCAUACAUCUCACCCUCUGACGCCGUCUUGUCCCCCGCAACGAAGAAGUUGGCCGCCUUCAAGAACAAGCAUAUGACCAAAGGAAUCAAACCACAAUCCCUCUUCGGUCGAUCUCCACCUGCUGAGCAUACUGCGGAGGACCGGACUGCUGACACUCGGGCUGCUGCAUCAAGCAGCAUCGGAUUCGCAUCUAUUGGACAGGCUCUGAAUGAACCCCCAAAGUAACGAGCUUCGGAUGGGCCCUUGGUAUUUACAAUAGAGAGCUGGUUAUUGGGGCUCUUGGGGCGUUUUUGGAGUGCUGGACCAUCUGAAUGUUUGGAGUAGCGGACGACCUGACCUGGCGGUUGCAUCGCGGUUGAGAUCCGGAGGGGCUACUACUUGGUCGCUUCAUACAGGAGCACAGCAGGCUGGGACGUUUAUCCAUUAUUAUUGGCAAUGCAUGUCUAUUUGCCGAAUUCUCAAAAUUUCUCAUGCAGAUCCUUGUGUGUUUAUCUUUCAUGUCGCUCCGAGUUGCUCAAACAACGCCAGCAAACCCCUGCUGCUGGACCGUCGACGAAUGAGGAGCGCCCAGCCG